UUAAACACGCCCCUUCAAACCCUGCUCAGACAUGAACUCGCUUGCAAUCGCUGAUUUACUCUUCAGCAAACUAGGAGCCCUUUCCUCCCGUCGUCACGCUGGUUAGAAGCUGCUUCAGGUCAGAGUUAAGAGGGCGUGUUCAACUCAUGUUCAACUCCGUCUGCUGAGCAGACUGUCAACCUCCACCAGAGGAAACUGACUUCGAACAGCUCUCACUUGUCUAGCACUUCGCGCUGUCAUUGCAGCGGAUAUCAGCUUUUCACCGUGGACAAUAUCAAUGAAGCUAACCAACCGCGGCAGCAGAGUUUGUCCACGCAUGCGUUCAUCGUUCUGAAGUGAGCUGCCUCGAGCACUAGGAACGAUGGAGAGAGACAGGGAAGACUCCCUCGACCUGGGUCACCUGACUGAGCACGAACAGGAGGCCAUCUUGCAGGUUCUACUGCGGGACUCUGAGCUGCGGCGACGCGAUGAGGGCCGCGUAAGGAGCCUGCAGGAGACGGAGGUGAACCCAGUGCGCCUGCGGACCCUGUCUGGCUCCUGGUUCAGCGAGGAGCGCAGCAAGCGCCAUCGCAGCGCCAAGCCGGGGGCCGACCUGGUCCACUCCUCCAUCCGCCGCAGGAAGUCAAAGGGCAGAGAACUGCCACUGGCUGAUUUGUUUGAUGGACUGGGGAAGGAGCCCCCCCCCGGUGCCCUCUGCAGCCUGACCCCAGGGGUGGAGCAGAGACUGGGGGAGGACCAGGAGGAGCAGAGAGAUGACCAGCAUCAGGAACGCAUCACUCCUGCACCCGCACCAAGAACAAAGGCCAGACAAACACAGAACGUUCAGAGCAAAGAUGAACCCUCCUUGUCCACAGAGUUUGAAAACACAACUGACGACCGUCUACAUUCACCAGAGGUUAAGGGCAGCGAUGACGUCUCCUUGUCUUCAGGGUCGGAACACAGAAGUAACAGUCACUCACCCACAGCAGAGGAAGUAAAGGAGAAAGAUGGCGUUUCCUUGUCUUCAGAGAGUGAGCACCGAAGUCACAGCCAUGUGGCGACCACAGAGGAGGACUCUGAAGGACACAACGGGGACACAGACUCCCUGUCCAGUGGCCACACUGAUCCCGUCUCUGCCACCCUCAGAACAACCGGCUCUGUCAGCAGCUUGUACUCCAGCUACACGAUUGGCGGCAGUAUGAUGAGUCUGUUCAGUAGCGGGGAGUUUGGCUCGGUGGAGGUGAGGGGACGUCUGCAGUUCUCAUUGGUCUACCACACCCAGAGGGAGGAGCUUCUGGUGUCUGUGUGCCGCUGUGAGGACCUGGCCACGGCUCGCAAGAAUCGUUCCGACCCUUAUGUCAAAGCCUAUCUCUUGCCGGAUAAAUCGUCUCACAGUAAGAAGAAAACAAAGGUCAAGAAGAACACACAGAGCCCCGUCUACGAUCAAACCCUCAAAUAUAAGGUACCGGUCGGGGAGCUGCGGGGCCGGACUCUGAACCUCUCCGUGUGGCACGCCGAGGCCCUGGGGAGGAACAUCUUCCUAGGGGAGGUAGAGGUCCUGCUGGCUUCCUGGGACUGGGCCUGCAGCCAGCCCCAGUGGCACCCCCUCCAGCCACGGGUUCAGUUGAGUCCAGACGACAUUAGUAGUCGUGGGAUCAUUGUGUUCUCUGUUAAGUUCAUCCCACAGGGAUCUGAGGGCGGGGGUUUACCUCUGACAGGGGAGCUUCAUAUAUGGCUACGAGAAGCACAAGGUCUUCUGUCCAUCAAAGGCGGCGCUGUAGACUCCUUCGUCAAAAGCUACAUCCUUCCGGACGCCGGCCGUCAGAGCGGCCAGAAGACGCGGACGGUGAAGCACUCUAUAAGCCCCGCCUACAACCACACCAUGGUGUACGACGGCUUCCACACCAGCGACCUGCGGGAGGCCUGCGCCGAGCUGACGGUGUGGCAGCGGGACGGCCUGAAGACACGCCCCCUGGGGGGGGUUCGGCUGAGCCCCGGGACCGGUCAGAGCUACGGUGAAGACGUGGUCUGGAUGGACUCAACCAAAGAAGAGAGGGCCGUGUGGGACGCAAUGAUGGAAAACCCUCACAAGUGGAUUGACGCCUCACUUCCAAUAAGAACAAACAUAUUACUACAGAACAAUUGAAUCCCUUCAAACACAAACACUACAAAUGAAGUUGACUAAAAGUAGCUCACGGCCGCCCGCAUUUCAAGUUAAGUUUCUGUGCCUGCUUUUCUAACUCCAUCUUUCACAAAUACCACAAAGAUAUACUAAUGGGCAUUAGUCGAGUAUUUACAGAAAACUGAUUAUAUAACUAGGCUUGGUCUUUCAUUGGCAUUUCAUGUGUUGCAAAUGUGUGCAUUGAUCUGUCAAAGGCUUUUUGCUAGGAAUUCCUUGCUGAUAAGCCUAUUUCUGUACAUUAGUGAAUAAAUAUUAUGCCUUCAAAAAA